CGCGAACCGAAUGGCGCGAAAGCUGCCGUGCGUGCGACUGCCCGCGUCGUGGCUGCUUAUUGAGAACCUCGUGGAGGAAGUCCUCACGUUCCUAAUCGGUCGAGAUGUGCGCGCCUUUGCAUCGGCGCUGCGCUCGCACCGCCCGACAAUGGCCUUUGUGAUCUCGCCGACUCUCUGGACGCGGCUGUUGAGCAUGCUACCGCGACUGCCCGGGGUGCCACCGCCGACGAUCCUCCCGGCGCCGUGCCUGCUCACGACGUAUGCCACUGCGCUGGACCACGCAACGUGGCUGCGAAACCACGUGCACGUCGUGCACGCAACGCUCGACGAUGUGAACGACGGCCGAAUGCAGACGCUGGUGUUUCCAACGACACGGGGCUUACGCCACCCGCCGUUGGGCUCGGCCGCCGCCGCCGCCCACGCAAUCGCCCUUGAGUCGUGCAUAGAUGUCGAGGUGCGCCUCGUGCCCCGUCUGCAGCUGCAGCGAGGCAGUGUGUGGUCGACGUCGGGCGGGCACUCGACGUUUGCUACGUUUCUGCACGCGAUCGGACCGGCCACGAACGACCUCGACAAGCUGGAGCAUCUCGCGCGGACGUACGACAACGUGUGGGCGCAAGCAGCGACUCUGGUUGCAGAGACGGAGCUGCCCCGCCGACACGCCAUUGGUGUCUUGCCCAUUGGUAUGGGCCUCGCGCAGUGCCCUAUUGCUGCGGCAGCUACGUGCACGCUCGCGCAGCUCUCGAGCCGGGCGUUUGGGGCGAACGUGCUCGUUGCUUCAGCCUCGGUGACGUUCAUUUGCAACGACAAGGUCGUCUUUGCCGCCAUUGAUGCUGUGCGACAGGCGCUACUCGAGACGUAG